CACGGGGUGUACACACCGGUCUCAGUGUAUGCGGCCUCUGUACGCAGCCAACUUCGGGCAGCAAAUUUUGUUUGUAGCAACUGCUCUUGCCGUGCGGACACACACGCGUGCGUUCCGGUGUGCCCACCAGGCAGCGCGUCUCGUCAACCACAAAUCUCGAAAGCUCGCCGGAGGAAAGAAAACAACAGCCCACGGGCAGCUUCUGCAAAAAACCGGAGACCCGCACACCCGCACACAAACCGCCCGUCCGGUGCAAUUUUUGCGCAAAGGCGCGCGCGGGUUUCGCGUCAGUGUGCACGGUUUUGGAGUUCGUAUUGUCCAGUUUGGCCAAUUGAUCUAGUUUUGCGAAUCUAGCGUUUUGCGCAAACACACAGCACCACACGUUGCGUACGUGUCCGAAAUUCAGCCGGCCGUGGUGGGCGUUUGAGAGCAAGCAGCAAAUGUAUUAAUGCAAUCAAACAGCUAACACUGUGCAAUUCAACAAAAUUAGCCAACCGAAGAAGUCGUACAAGCCAGUGCUAGUGUGUGUUGUGAAGACAAGUGUAUACUAAAUCCUCACUCUCGUAUACUAAGCGUGUGUUUUAUCGGAAGCAGCAGCAAAGUGAACGAACGAAGGUGUCGUGACAGUGAAAGUGUUGUAGUUUGAUAGCCAAAUUUUGCCGUUUAUUUUUAUAGCUCGCUCUAUUCGAAUCAUAUAAACCACAAAAAAACGUACGUUUGUAAUAGAAAGUGAAGCAUUCUAUGCAAAAAAAAUGAACCCUCGUUCCUCGUGUUGGUGUAAGCAGUUUUAGACGUUGCGGAAAGCAAAUUUCACGGCCGAAGCGCAUCCCUCACCUUCUCUCCCAUCUGCUGCAGUAUCAUAAGAUUCCGUCCCUACACUACCAAGUGCAAAUAGCAAAGCGCUGAAAGGUCUCUUUUGAGCCUUCCGAACCGGGAUGAUGGUACUGAUGGCUUGCAUGAUUUCAUUACCCUAAGUAAACUAUUGCAUCAGAUGAUGCGGCAAAACACAGCGUAUACUAUUCGUCCAGACGAUUCCUACUGAAGUACAUAACUUCACAUACGAGUGAUUUUCAACGGAGCAAACGAGGCGCGGUGGAUUUGUUUUCCCUUUUUGUUUCCGUUUUUUCGUUCAUACUUUGGAGAGAAGAAAAAACAGAGCUGUUACAUUGCUACGAUUAAAACGGAAGGGAAAACCACAACAACGCGUACCACACAGACAAAAACAAAGCCCCGAUCGAUGUAUUGAAUGACGACAGCAACCGUCGUAGCCCAGCAGAGUGAGAACUUUGGACGGUUCCCUGCGGCAGGCUGCAGCACUAGCAGCGGCAGCAGCAGCAGCGUUAGCACCACGGCCUCGACCGUCGCAGCACCCGGGACGCAGCUCAGGAUGAACGACACGCACCAACCGUUGCACACGAGCGACACUAGCCCCCGCGACCAGAGCACCAACGGUACCAGCACGGGCGGCGGACUGGCCGUGGCCAACCUCGCGCUCCACAGUGGCGCCUCGGGCGCCCUCAGCGCCAACUCGAACGGCAGCACCGCCAGCAACGGAUCCGGCGCGAACAACAACAACAACGGCAAAAGCCGCACCAUGUCGCUGAGCGACGGCAAAAUCGAUCACCUGCUGCGGGAUCAGCAGCGCGAGCAGCAGCGGGAGCAACAUCAGUCGUCACACCAUCAGCAAUCCUCACAGCAGCAUCAGCAUCAGCAGCAUCAGCAUCAACAGCACCACCAGCAGCAGCAACACCACCAGCAUCCACUACAGAACCGGCUGCGCGGUGUGUCACCGACGCCCUCGGAGCAGCAGUACGCCCUCAAGUGGAACGACUUCCAGUCGUCGAUCCUGUCCUCGUUCCGGCAUCUGCGCGACGAGGAGGACUUUGUCGACGUGACCAUUGCCUGCGAUUCGCGAUCUUUCACCGCACACAAGGUUGUGCUGAGCGCGUGUAGUCCCUACUUUCGCAAGCUGCUGAAAGCGAAUCCCUGCGAGCACCCGAUUGUCAUCCUGCGUGACGUACGCUCGGAGGAUAUCGAAAAUUUGCUGCGAUUUAUGUACAACGGUGAGGUACACAUCGGCCAGGAUCAAUUAAGCGAUUUCCUCAAAACGGCCCAGUUGCUGCAAGUGCGCGGACUGGCAGAUGUUACGACCGGCAACCCAACCGGCGGCCGAACGUCCGCCAACUCGUCCAUGCUGAACUCAUCAUUAUCGACACCUGCUGUCCAGGAACUGAAGGCAUCACCCACCUCCACCUCGUUACCAUGGGAGCUGCCGGAUGAUAAUAAUCCAGCACCGCCGCCACAGAAGCGUACCAAGAGCUCGGAGCUGUACCGCAAGCAGCACGGUCUCAGUCCGGACGAUCCUAUUCCGCUCGAUCUGCUACCGAUCGGGCAGCAUCCGCUAACGCGCGAGCGCGAUCGCUCCAAGGACAAGAGCAAGGACCACCACCAUCGCGGAUCGUCCGAGCAUGACCUGCACCAUCACCAUCACCAUCGCGAGCGGGACCGAAGUUUGGAGUUGCGCGAAUCGCUACUCGGACAAGCGCUUGAGGGUGGACCCACGCUAACUGUACCUUCGAAACAUCCCGAUCUGCUCUCGCUCCAGGCCGCGGCCAGUGGUGAAGAUUCGAACAGCAGUGACACGGCAGCCUCGGACCACGGUGACGACAUCGAGGGUCUCAAUGGUAACAUCGAACACACCCGGCCAUCGUUCCCGUUUCUCGGUCUGCAAGGCAUUCCUGGGCUAAUACCGGGCCCGUCCGGCAUGCAUGGUGACAACUUCGUUUCUCGCCGUUCUCUAGAAAUGCGCGUCCGUGCAACGGAUCCACGGCCCUGCCCGAAGUGCGGCAAGAUCUACCGGUCGGCACACACGCUGCGCACCCAUCUGGAGGACAAGCACACGGUCUGCCCGGGCUAUCGGUGCGUGCUGUGCGGCACGGUCGCCAAGUCGCGCAACUCGCUCCAUUCGCACAUGUCCCGCCAGCACCGCGGCAUCUCAACGAAGGAUCUGCCGGUACUGCCGAUGCCCAGCCCGUUCGAUCCGGAGCUCGCGUCACGCCUGCUGGCCAAGGCGGGUGUGAAGAUUUCGCCGGCCGAGCUGCGCGCCCGUGCCUCACCGACCGGCACGCGACGCAACGAUGGCAUGAAGCUGGAGCUACGGUCCGGCGAGGGUGGUGAAGACUUUGACGAUCCGGAAGAUCUGACCAUGUCGCAGAGCAGUCACAGCGAGACGCAACGGCGCUUCCACGAAAGCAUGAUGGGAAUGUCACCGACGGGCUUCAAUCAUCUCAACUCGACCACCAUCACGCGUGUGCGACCAGGCGAAGGAACACCCAAGCUGGGACUGGAUGGACUGGGACGUGACGGAGGCAAUGGAAACGGUGGACAAGGCAACGGAGGCCCCGGUGGUAAUGGAAACGGAGGCAAUGGAAUGGGCGGUGCGGAUCGUCAUGGAGGCGGUGGUGGUGGUGGACCGGGUGGUCCGAUGAACCACAUGCAAGCGAACCCAACCGGAUCGGCCAUCUUGGACACUUAUUUGCAGUUUAUCACCGAGAAUGCUUUUGGCAUGAGUGGCAUGACACAGGAGCAGGCGGCGGCAGCAGCACUGCAAGCAGCCAAAAUUGCACACCUCAAGACGCUCGGUCACAAUCUCGACCAGCUGCCGCCAGGAUUCCUACCUCCCCAGCUCGAUCUGGCCAAGCUGACGAGCAAUAACAACCAGAACAACCCGGACCUAUCAUCGCUGGCAAAGCUGCAGUCCUCCCCGAACGUAACGAUCGAACCGACGGGCACGGGGAACCGUAGCAACGAAACCGAUCGUCUACUACAAACGAGCAACCAUCAGAAGCUUCUUGCACUCGCCGCCAGCGGUGCUGGUGGCGGUCCCGGUGGUAACGGUGGCAACCAUGGACUGAACAACAACAACAGCAUACUGAACAGUGAUGCGAUCCGGCGCGGCAGCUCCUCCGAACCGAUGGAUCUCGGGCUGGACGGGUCCGGUGCGCACGAUGACGACGGUAACAGUUCGGCCGACGAGCGAAACUACUCGGACGACGAAAGCAUCGCCACACACUAAAACGGGGUAGCCCCCGUUUGCCGUCCACUCGACCUCAUGGAAGUACCAUUUCCUUUAUGCCAUUUACUAUACAACUUAAAGCAACUUACCACCGGAUCGGCCUCGUUGGACGCAUUUUUACCACCACUGUUACCACACCAGCGCCACACCCCUCUCCGGCGGGUUGAUUUGAAGAACGAAGCGGACAACUCACACCCGUGUGUAUACUGCAGCCCGGAGUUCGAUCUGUUCUGCCACGCAAGCAACACAUCGAAGUCCGAGAAAUUCAUUGUGCCAUCGUGUUAAGAUAGCUUGAGUGGGGCGGGACGCAUCUCCAGCAACAAAUAAUCGGGCUGUUGGGACGCCCCACGCCCCCCCACCCGCAUAUAUCCCCCAUAUCGAUGUGAAGAAGCGAAGCAGCCAACAAGCAAGCUCCCCUCAGACGUAACGCGGUUUCCCACACUCGGUCGGUCGGUUCGACUUGGUUCCCCGUCUCUACUACUAUAGUUUGUUUUGUAGUAAAACAAAUCGCAACAGAUCGUACACUACUCGGGGUUCAAAUUAGUGCGUAAGGCUGUAGCAGGAAACCCUUGCAACAGCGAACAGAAAAAAAGCAACCGAAAUACCUCAGACUAAGCGAAAGUCACACAGCUCUUUUACACGUGUAAUAAGCAGACACAGCAUUGCAAUUCGACGGCGUGGAGGACGGCCUCCCGUUGUACCCAGUCUACCUCAAAGAAGCGGCAACGGCCCGCACAAGACACUUAACCGUUUUACCUCUGAAAUGCUAGUGAAGUAAUAUGAAUACGAGUUUUAACUACUGAUCCUAACCUUUACCUGAGAACAAAGUAACUACACGAACAAACCGGUAGACUAAAGCCGACUACAUCGUAAGCACAACUACGUAGGAAGUGUAACAUCCUGUAACUUAAAGUAUACUACUAUCACUACCUCUACCGCGACACCUACCACUCUCUCUUGUAUACGUCUUGACAGAUACCCUUCCGUGUGCAACGUUUCACCACAAAAGCUGUGGGAAGGAAGCACUGUCCGGGACAGUGUAGUGCGCGCUACCCAUUACUCUCUGUACGAUGCUAUACGAUUUUUGUAAGCCAAACGGCAAACAAAAAGCAAUCGAAAACGCCAUACCCAGCAUACAUACCGGAAUACGAAAAUAUCACGAGCAACCGAAUGUAUACUAAACCACUGUUUCCUAGUGUAACGGGAGCAGGAAACGGGCCGAAAGGACGACAGGAUCGAGAUACGAGUCACUAUUUUGUAUUGACACCAUUAUCGCACCCUUUCCUAAAACACCUUGUUCCCCUCCUCACCCCCCAAGAACAGGUUGAAUAGUUGUCCAUUUCUUCCUGCUUUGGGUGAGAGGAGGUUGUUAUUUGUUUUUCGUUUUGUUUUUAUGUAGUGUUUCACAUACACAUACACCGUGCGAUACGAAUAUUGUUUGAUUGUCAUAAACACCUGCCUCCACAUGGCUUGGAGGGGGUGAAUAUUAUCAUACAUACGAAACACGUUAUACGAAACCUUUCCCCCUGUUCUUAAAAGUGCACGAUUUCAAACGGGAAGAGGAUUUCCUAAUCCUACGGAUGAUUGCCAGGAAAGCAACGCCAGCGCCGCCCAAAAUAUCAUUAGCGCGAUGGCGAAUGUUUUCCACGAGGCAAACCACCUUCCCCUCCUCCCGAACAACAAAAGCUAUACGAUCAUACACAGUCACCACUAAGCUGGAUACGAUAAUCGAUAGAGGAAAGCGUUGUUGCGGUGAGCGCCCAAAGCUCCUGCUACUCCGCGCGUAUACGUUUACACACUCGCUGUAUACUGAAAUAUGGAACAAAAGCAUGGUACAGAAUUGCGUACCAGCAUUACGAUUUAUCAUGGAAACUUUGCAAUAUCACUUGAAGUAUACUUUAACCCGUACAACCGCAGAUGCGUCUACCACACUGGUACGCGGGGUAAGAAACGAAUGAACCGGUGGAGCCACAUUCAAACACACCAACAAAUCAAGAGUACAAUUGAGCCCCCCUGUUUAUUUGCCCUUUGCUUCCUUCAAAGGAGAGCUUUCGAAGGUUCUCACUCUCUUUCUCUCUUUAGCCCAGUAAAAUACCCUAAAUACCGACCCCAAAAGAAAGGGCGACCUUUUUACUACCUCAUCAACGUAGCGUUAACUAUCUAGUAGUAAUACCUCCGUUUUACCAACGGGCGCGAUCGAUCGGAGUUUCCGUCGUUGGAUUAGUCAUGUAAGAUGAUCAGUGAAUCGCUACUACAAAUGGAGAUGCCACACUUACCUCCUGUCUGCUACCGAAGCGUGUAGUAAUAGCAUGGCAAUUAUACCUCUACCUACAUAUACCAUACACAUAUAUGCAUAUACCAUACCAAGCAAACCAGCAAGCCAGCCAGCCAGCGCUUGAAUACUCUCUCAGGGUGGCGCACAUUACUGAAAACUGAAGCAAAAGUAGUCGCUUUAAUAGUUUAAGAGCACACCAUCCAACCAACCAUAGACAGGAUGUUAAUUUCUCAGGGAGUUUUUUGUUUUGCUUUUAUUUUAUGUUCUCUCACUCUAUAGCUAACUAUUGACUGUAGCAUUACCACACCAACCAUUUACAACACACAAACCAGAUGUGCAACAGAAAACGGGUAAACGACUAAUGUUUAAGCAGAUGGUGUUAUGAAGGUUUGACAGAUCUUAUUAAGUUUUUUUUAUAUAUAUUUUCUUUACCAUUGUGUUUCCGUUUUGUUUUACGUUCGAUUGAAACACUCACAUAGAGGAAGCAUUUGCAACAUGCCAUCAGUUCUUUUUUAUCAGGCUGGUAACGCAAACAGAAAUACCUCAACGUAGAUGCAGACAGUGCAAGUAAGAGAAGGAAAAAGGGAGAGAAUUUGUAAUAUAAAACAUUAGAACAUGGUAACAAAUACUAUAUACGGUUGAAUACGGUAGUAAAUGAUGGUGAAAGCAAACUGUACUAAAGUAAGAAAGUAGACAGUACAGAAAACAAAUAGCACAAGGGGCAGAUUAGUAGACGCGUACUUAUUCGUUCGAAGUCGAAUAUAAAGCUAAACAUAUGAAAGCCGGCAGCAUGAGCACUCUCAAUGCGUGACUGUAAAUAUUAUUAAUAUUGAGAGGGUGGCAGAGCAGCAAAAUUGAGUAUGAAAUUAAGAAAUCAUAAUGCUCCAAUGGGAAUGGGUUGCCCAACAACUGAAUCUCCACUGCGAACGUUGAAUCUGAUUUAAAAACAAAAGGAGACAAGAGUGAUAACGAAUAGUAGCACGGCGGGCAAACACACAAAACUAAAAAAAAGAUUCCGUUAACGAUUGAAGCGUCAACAAGCGACGAACCUUUGAUCGUCCAGUAGGAAUUGUUUUUUUUUCUGUAAGUUGUUUUCCUUAUUAAUUUUUGCUUUCAUUUAUUUGUAUUCCCACCCACACAAAGGGACGGGGAUAGCAGAGUAUUAAAACAAUCAAAAUUACAUAUUAGUUGAGCUGCCCCGAGCUGGCAACAAACAUACAAAACAAACAAAUCGUCCAUAGCGAUGUAAAAAACGCAAACGUACGAUAGGAAAUGUGGAAAUUCAAUGAAUUUUGUUUAGGGGUUUGAACAUAUGCAAAACUACGCGAGUUACGAGUUACGACUAUUAUUAGCAUCCUUUAUUUUCGGUUUUACGUCACGUACUUAAAUGCUAAAGCGAGUAAUGGCAUUACACAAUUCGUGCGACGUUACGUCUUGCAGCAUAACAAAAAGGGUUUUAAUUUUUGAAGCGGUUCUAUUUCUGUUCUAAAAAUUUGUUUCCUACAAAAAUGACUUCCCCAAUUACAGCUAUCUUGUUAUUUAUAUCGGUGUUGCUUCUAGUGGGCAUGAUUAAAGAGGAAGAAAUUUAUAAACCCUUUUGUUAAGAUUAAGAACAAACUACAAAGUCAAGCAUAAAAUAGGGUGUAUGUGUGUGUGUGUUGCUAGAUAAUGAAAUAUUAUUAGUCUAAAAUAAAAGUAUAAGAAGUACUAAUAUAUCGCGAAAGUAAGAAAUGAUGGUUAUUUGCAGCAUUACAAACUUAUUAAUGAAAUGGAGAACAAAACUAGGCAAUGGAGGAGGUAGAAAUUUAGCGAUCUGCUUAGAUGGAAAUCGUGAAAGUUGUUAACUGUUUGAUGAAGCUGUUUUACAUUCACACACACACACAAACUCACAAAACCGAUUGUGAGGUGAUCCCAAUACUAUUAACUCAUUAGAAUAGUGUUGACACAGGCGGGUUGAACAAACAAACGAUAACAAACGAUCGCAAACUUACAACUGCAUGUAAGAGGAACAUGGAUUUUUGAUACACAAACACAAACACAGCAUCAAAUAGAACAAAAGUAGUUAAUAUAAAUACAAAACAACAACAUGCUUGUAUAAGAAAGGAUACCCGCGGAGAUGCAAAACAAGCAGAGGAAAAAAGGAAAAACACAUUAUGCCGGUAUUAGUAAUACGAAACCCUCUCUCUCUCUUUUCCCUCUAUCAUUUUGUGUCUCAUUAGUGGAUAAGUACUAUUAUGCUAUUAUUGAACUUUGUUCAUUCUUGUUUUAAGUUUUUUUGUACACUUUUCCCUUCGAUAAGGUAUCGUUUUUUUUUUUCUUCGGCGGAAAAUAUAUUUAAAAACUUUAA